AUGAGGCCGUUCAUUUUUCUAGUCGUAGCGUUUUCUUCUGUUUGUGCCCUUUCCCUCAAUAAUCACUGGGAAGAGAAGGAUACGAAAUGGUUAUCGCUUGUACUAGAGGGUGUUCUUAAAAAGAAGCUCGAUAAUAUUGCUUCUCUUCAUUAUGCUGCAAGUGGUUUGAAACUUUUGAAUGUUAAACCGUCGGAUGCUGCUGCAAAGGAAGCCUGCGAUGUUGCUAAGAAAGCUGACUUGUCUAAACUUGACGUCUUAUACAACGCGGCUGCUUUAUCCGCUGAUCUUCCGGAUUGCUCUUUGACAAAUACAAAAGAAGCACAAAAAACAAUUGAAAGUGUAUUAGCUGAGUCUAACCCUAGUGGCGAAAGAAUAACACAAGCCCUUCGUGCAGCUGAUCGCUUGAACAUUAAGGUGAACCAGGCUGCAUUUGAUAAGAUUUUAACUGCAGCUAUGAAAGAUGAUUCAGCCGCCAAUCUUGCAUGGAUUUUCAAUGCAGCAGCUCUUUUGGAUAAGGGAACUGGAGCCAAAUACUUCGAUAAGAUCAAGAAUCUUGUUUCUCAAGCUGAUGAAGUAGACAAGAAAUUCCUGCAAUUUGACGGUGGCCUCACUAUUACUGCUAUUGCUAUUCAUGGAAUCAUGUCUUUAGCUGAGAAGCAAGGGAAAAUGCCACCAGUUUCUCAGGAACAGAUAUUAUUGUUCUCCAACUACCUUCUCUCUCGAAAGCACGUCUCCACAGAAAAAUCGGCUUUCCAUCUGCUUAGUGCUCUUGGAGUCCUUGUAAAUAAUCACCACCUUGUCCCAGUUGCAAUAUCUCUCGUUGGACCGGUUAUGAUUGAGCGUCUGGAUUAUAUCAAGAUUUCUGUUGCGAAUGUUUUUGGCUUGCCGAUCGAAGCAACUUAUGUCCGUGUUGAUAUUAUUCCGGAAGGGGCAGACUAUUCCGUCAUGGGGAAUUUAAGGAUGACGCAGUUGGAAUCAGACCGACGAAUCUGGGUAUUCGGCCCAGAUAAACUACCAGAUAACCCCGGCUUCCAUACGCUUGAUGUGAAGAUUGAGUCAAAAGACAAGCGCCUUGUUGGUUUGACGGGAUCUAGCGUUUUGAUUAAAAACUGUGAAAACGUCAUAAUCGAAGACUUUAAACUUGGAGUACUCGAGAAAGAUGAUGCCGUUACUGGAGCAUCCCUCAGCAGUGUAGUACAAUUCUCCAAGUUUGGAAAGGUUCUCCAAGCAGAUAAUACGAAGAGAGUGUACAUAUCCUUCUCCAUCAAACCCCAUAGUGGAGCUGCCGCUCCAAUACAGCCACAUCAGGUGUUUGUUCUCUUCAAACACAGCAGUGGUGCAGAGGUGUUUUACACAGCCGAUGUCCAAACCGGUGGCAAAUACCUUCUUGACAUUAAUCUUGCAAAAGCCCACAAAGAUUUCGAAGGUCUGUCUGGAAAAUACACUGCUCAUCUCAUAAUUGGUGAUGCUAGGAUUCGAUCCCCCAUAGACUGGCCAUUUGCCGAUUUCUCACUCACAAUUCCACCUACACAAAAACACGUUGAGCCGAAAUCACACCGUAUUGAGUAUGAUCCCAAGCCGGAGAUCAAACACGUUUUCCGACAGCCUGAGAAGAGACCUCCCACGAUCGUUUCGGAUGCCUUUACCGUCAUCUGUCUUGCUCCACUUUUGUUGCUUCUCAUUUUGUGGUUGCGCAUUGGUAUGAACUUUGGCAAUAUGCCGGUCAGUAUCUGGACGCUAUUUUUCCACCUUGGACUGGCUGCCUUGUUCGGAUUGUACUUCGUGUUCUGGCUGCGGCUUAACAUGUUUGACACCCUUAAGUAUCUCGCCGGAAUUAGUGCAUUCACCUAUCUUGCUGGAAAUCGCGUGCUCAGGGCAAUCGCUGAGAAAAGAAAACACAAAACUGAGAUGUCCUUGACGAAAAACCUGAGGAGUUUGACCUCCAUAGGACCUCGUGCUGUUGUUACAUGGGAUAAGGCGGAGCGCAUACGCCGAAACGAGGAGAUUUGGGCUAAUCCAAAUUCAAUAGUUCAUCGUUUGCCUGAACAUUAUUGUAAGCGAUAUUGGGACAAUUUGCUCCGGGAUGCCACACCAGUGCAUUAUAGGCCACCGACGUCACGUUUGUACUGGGAUCCUGUGAGGAAAGUUGAGGUGGAAGCAGAGAAUUAUCCGUUGUUAGUACUACAUCCAUCGGAAGCUGAUGAGGGACUAUGGGGUGGUGAAGGAGUUGUGAAAGGUUGGAAGGAGUCACGUCCGUAUACCAAGAAGAAGGUAUUGCCAAGACACUGGGUACCUCGACUUUAUUUUCCGGCCUUGAAAAAUAGUGUACUGUAUUCAGAAAUUCUCGACAAACAUAUGACGAUCACUGUCACCGAAAGAACAAUGCGUCUUAUUGAUCAACAUUUUGGUCUUGACUACUAUAUUCUCCGUACUCCUGAGAUUGAUUUAGCAUCAAAGCUUGGAAACAGACUUAAACGAGAAAUGCUGCUUACUCUCGCGAAAGGUACGUAUUAUCCAGAUGAUGAGGAGCGACACAAUUUUAUAAGGCAGAAAUACGCGGAAUUCGUGAUACCUGAGGAGGAGGCUGAUUGGAUCGGUUUGGAUUUGAAUGAGGCUGCGCGCAAACAGCAGGAGCUCGAGGAACGACGAAUUCCUGAGCCAUUGAAAUUCAAAUUUGAGAGAGACCUAGUGGCACGACUGCGUGCUGGAACGGACAUGAUCGCGAAUGAGGAGGAGUUCGCGCCGAAAACCGAAGAAAGUAAAUUUGGUGAACGCCUUCUUGGAAAAUACCUCGAUCCUGUUGCGAAGCGUUUCCGAAGAUAG